AUGAGUAUUCCAAUUAGUAACCCAAAUUCUGUGUCAUACCUUUCUCUACUAAAUGAUCCACUAACAUAUUCACAUCUACAUUCACAUCCCUCACAUCCCUCUUCUUCUACUGUUUCUUCUUUUUCUUCCAUUCCUUUAUUAAUUUCUAAUACAAAUGAAACAAAUAACCAAAAUAAUAAUAAUAAUAAUAAUAAUAAUAAUAAUAAUAAUAAUAAUAAUAAUAAUAAUAAUAAUAAUAAUAAUAAUAAUAAUAAUAAUAAUAAUAAUAAUAAUAAUAAUAAUAAUAAUAAUUCGUUAAUCUUUGAAAGAAAUGUGGAAAGAACACCUCUAUUUAUAAAUCAACCCUCUUUUACCAAUAGUAAAAGCAAUAUUGGCAACAGAAUUAGAAAUAAAAGUUCUUCAAAUAAUUCAUUAUACCAUCUUUCAAAUACUUCUAAUAGUAAUACUUCUUCUCUUUCAAGUUCUAAUCUAUAUUCAUAUUCUACUAACUCUCCAAGUAAUCCUAAUUAUAUAUAUAACUGUCGUAAUACCAAUAAUAAUUCUACUAUUACUUCUCAAAUAAAUAAUAAUAAUAAUAAUAAUAAUAAUAAUAAUAAUUCUAAACUGUCUUUACCUUCAAUGGAAACUCAUCAUACAUUUGAAAAUUAUAUCCCACCAAAUUUAGACGAAAUUGGUGAUCUAGUAACAGAUACAGGUAAAAGUCUAGAAGAUAUUAACGUAAAAUAUGGUUCAAAUAGACCAGCUUCUACAAUAGGUCUAAACAUUGCUUUAGGAUAUAACAACACCAGUAGCCCCAAUAGUAACAGUAAUAAUUACACUUUUACUAAGCGUUCAUUAUCGUAUCCCUUUAUUGAUGAAAUACCUUCAAGUGAGUCAAUUAAAGAUUACGAACGAUUGUAUGAUGUUGAAAAUAAUCAAGAUGAUUUAAAUGGCCAAAGAUUAAUUAAAUUAUAUUCCUAUGCUGAUAUUUUAUAUAAUGAAUUCAACCAUCCAAAGUUUAUGAAAUCUUGUAUUCCUCCAGUAACUAGCGAAAUUAUUACACCUACAACAGUACCUCUUCAUGUGAAUCCACAAUAUCUCAGUAAGAAGAAUAAUUAUCCCACAUUUAAACAAUUUCAUAUUGAAGAUAGUGGAGAAGAAGAAUAA